UCCUUUUGCCGGCAAUUCUGGCCUUCCCACAAGCCACAGCCAUCCCAGCAACCUGUCCAAGCACGCCUGGUGCGAGCCCUUUGCCUGCUCCUGCCACGACUGAUUCGUCGUGUCCAAUAGCGCCGCCGCCACCCUCUUUGGAUCCUAAUUCACCAUGGAAAGCGCCAUCGUCAGCAACAUCGUCUCCCAAGUCAGCUAUAAAACCGCCCCUGUCUUCCCCCGCGCCCUGUGGGCUUGGUGGCUGUGCUUCACCGCAGACCACUAAUCCGCUGCAUUUCGCCAUGCAGGUACACGGUUUCAUCACCGGACUUCUUUUGCCGGCAAUUCUGGCCUUCCCACAAGCCACAGCCAUCCCAGCAACCUGUCCAAGCACGCCUGGUGCGAGCCCUUUGCCUGCUCCUGCCACGACUGAUUCGUCGUGUUCAAUAGCGCCGCCGCCACCCUCUUUGGAUCCUAAUUCACCAUGGAAAGCGCCAUCGUCAGCAACAUCGUCUCCCAAGUCAGCUAUAAAACCGCCCCUGUCUUCCCCCGCGCCCUGUGGGCUUGGUGGCUGUGCUUCACCGCAGACCACUAAUCCGCUGCAUUUCGCCAUGCAGGUUAGUGCAACGUAUCAUUCUUUCGGGAAAAAAUCCAGCAACUAUUUUCUAAUACAGCUACCAAGCCCACGGUGCUGCGCUACAAUUGUUGUCGAAUGUGUUCAUGCAAUGUAUUCAUUGUUGCUUUUGUCGGGUGAUAUUGAAACGAACCCUGGCCCUCCCGAUAUUGAUGACGUAAUGACUGAGUUGGGAAAGCUAGCUGCUGGCCAGUCAAAACUAAUUACCGAAGUACUAGACCUAAAAAGCAAGCUAUUGACAACAGACAAAAUCUUAUCGGACCUAAGUAAACGCAUGACUGAUUUAGAAGGACAUUAUAAAGCAAUUUCAUCUCUACGAACCGACCUAGAUACCAUAAGAACAGAUGCCUCUCAAAUGGCAGGCCAGAUCGCUCGCCUUGCUACACAGAUGGAUGAUGCCGAGAACAGGUCACGCCGUAAUAAUCUAAUAUUUUAUAAUAUCCCCGAUCCUAACUCGAAAGAAACAUUUGCAGAAUCUGAAAAAAUCAUUAUCCGCCACUGCAAUGAACACUUGAACUUCGUCGUUGAUCCCAAUCACAUUGAGCGUGCGCAUCGCCUUGGACGCCAUACAGAAGGCCGUGCUCGGCCACUCAUCGUAAAAUUUAAUCAAUUCACAACUAAAGAAUCUCUCCUUUCUAAUGGCCCAAAACUUAAGGGAAGCAAUUUCAGCGUCGGUGAAGAUUUCUCUCAGCCCAUCAGAUUUGCUCGCAAACGCCUUAUCGCUUUCGCCAGAUCGAAAUCCGCACCCUUUUCUCUGCGCUUCAACACAUUGCACAUUGGUACCAGACGAUACGUGUUUGACCAUUCCACCGAAUCUGUUAAAGAAAUAUCGUAGCAAUUGCCCAGUCAUCAACAUGUGCCUUCCCGCCCUCGGCCCGCCCCGCGAUCAAACUUGUUUCUUUCCGCUAUCUUUACUAACAUACGCAGCUUCAUCCCAAAACGGGACAUUAUUUCUAAUCUGGUCUCGUCAUCUUGCAGUAACAUUCUAAUAUUAACGGAAACAUGGCUUACAGAAGACGUAACGGACAGCGAAGUGCUCGCUGACCUACCAAAUUUUCAACUGUUU